AUGGCGCCCCCGUUCCCGCCCGUGGCCCUCGACGCUCGCCGCCGCUGCAGUUCUUCUCCAGUUCGUCAUCAUCCUCGCCUCGCCUCUGCCCUGACCCUGCCGCGGCCACCUCUCCUCGCCGCCGCCAUGAAUGCCCGCAGGAGCGCCAACGCCACCAGGCCGGAGCCCCGUCGGCCUCCUUGCCGCCGUCACGCCCCCUUCCAUCUCCAGCCGCUCCUCUGCAGCUCCUCCUCCGCCUCGUCCUCACGUCCGGCCUCGUCCCCGACUCGCCACGUCGCCUCCGUACCUCCAGCCGGCCACCGGAGCCCGCUCGCUGCCGCCGGGCUUCGCCUCGCCGCGCUUCCCCAGGACGUUGCUCCCCUGCCAUCUCUGGCGCCGCAGCACCGGAGCUGCCCCUUCCCCGCGACACCGAGCCCCAAGCGCCGCCUCGUCUCCUCUGCUACGCCGCACCUCGCCUGCGAUUCCUCCGCGCCGUCGACCUCCAUCGCGCCUCCCUGCUUCGUCCGGCCGCCAUGCUCCAGCGCCGCCUCGAGCUCAUCAUCCUCGACCUCCAUGCCAUCCCGGAGUCCCUCGUCCGCUGCUGCUGUGUCUCUUCGCCGUUUCGUGAGCACAAGAAUCUCUGCCGCCAAGUUCGACUAUGAUCCAUCAAGACCAUUGUGUUGCAUGUCAACAUGA